AUGGUUGCAAGUGGAGCCACCUCUGCUUUCAUUCAACUGGAAACCCGUCUUGGUGAAACCAUGGCUAAUCAAAGUGGCGAUGCCAUUAUAACCACAAGCCUGCCUUUGAAAGCAGUUGCAAUAGUCACCCUUCUGCCUUUUGGGAAUGGAUUUGUUUCUGCAAACACUAUUGAGUCAGUUGGAACCAAAACUACUGAAGCAACUGUUGCAGGAGGUGCAUUUGCCCAACCAGAACAGCCAUCUGUGAAUCAGGGUAUUGCCAAGUUGAAAGCCGAGAAAGGGAAGUCGGUGGUUUUACCAUGCUGGUAUCUUAGUGAUGGUACUUCCUUAAGCCAAGUCUCUGUAUUGUGGUACAAAGAAGACACCUCUGAGAAGUUCAAUCUUGUAAGAGACAACACAACAGCCUCGGGCGACUACUCUGGUCGAGUGUUUUUAAGUGGACAUCUAUCUAGUGGGGAUGCUUCCUUGACAAUUCUGAAUGUAACUGAGAGGGAUGAUGGCACUUACUUCUGUACUGUAAUCCUUAAUAAUGGGACAACUCUAAGUGGCGAUGGUACGCACCUCAUGGUGAAAUCAAGAGCAGGACUUUUUGGUUUAAAAGAAUCUUUAGGAAGCACCAUUGCAAUUGUUGCAGCAAGUACUGGUGUCUUUAUUGGACUUAUGGUGUCCUUUGUGCCAAACUUAAGAAAAAAAAUGUCAUGUCAAAAGUUAGAGCAAGCUCAAGUUGCUCCAGCUUAGUUUGCAAAUGAACAAUGUCGAUGCACUGUGAAUUAUAUGAUGAUGGAUAUUUUUAAAUUCACCUUCCU